AUGCGACAGGCGUUCUGCCAGGAGCUGGAGUCGUGGAUUACAAGUGGUUGGCUUGUACCUCACGAUGAGCAGCAGCACGGGGCACCUCGGGGGCUUCUACCGCUCAUGGCAGUGCGGCAGAACAAUGGCGGUAAGGUGCGGCCCGUACUCGAUUACCGUGAGCUAAAUGACUGCGUGACUGCCUUCACUGCCGACAGCGACGUAUGCUCUGACCAACUAAGGAAGUGGCGCCGGCAUGGAGAGAACGUGUCCGUCCUCGACCUACGCAAGGCGUAUCUACAGGUGCGUGUAGAUCAGCAGUUGUGGCCUUUCCAGACCGUGAUGGUGAGAGGUCGGCGGUACUGCUUAACGCGCCUUGGAUUUGGCCUCAACAUCGCUCCACAAGUUAUGAAAGCAGUUGUCAAGACCAUCCUGGCUCAAGACUCUAAGAUCGAACAAGCAGUUUUGCCGUACGUAGACGACCUGCUCGUGAAUGAAGACCUGGUCAGUGCAGAGCAGGUUGCUGCACACUUCGCGAGUUACGGGCUGGAGUGUAAACAGCCAGUCCGUGUGGCGGACGGGGCACGCUUGCUGGGUCUACGCGUACGUCCGGUGAACGGGGAACUGCAAUGGACGCGAGACAACGCAGUUGCCGCGCCACCGAAACAAGUGACCCGCCGUGCAGUGUUUGCGUGGUGCGGGCGACUGAUCGCUCAUUUGCCGGUGGGCGGCUGGCUGCGACCGGCAGUGGCAUGGAUAAAACGGCAGGUGAACGCUAGUACCCGGGGCUGGGACGACGUGACGGGGAUGACGCGCUGUGCGAGCAGAUGGAGUACGUGUCAAGCAGGCUGUCCAAAGAAGAUCCGUGCUGUGGGCAAUGGAGCUGCCAUCGAGGACGCAUGCUGGAUUAGAAGAGAUGAGAGCUCCCACAUUAACAUGGCUGAGCUGGACGCAGCAGUUCGUGGCGUCAAUCUGGCCAUCGCGUGGGGCAUGCGAACCAUCGAUCUGCGAACAGACUCUGCGACUGUCUACCGCUGGAUUGACGAUGCGCUGAGUGGCCGGGCACGUCUUCGCACCAAGGCUCAUGGGGAGAUGCUGAUUCGCCGUCGGGUAGAUGUCAUCCGGCAGCUGGUGACGGAACUUGAGCUGGUCAUGUCUGUGACGCUCGUACGCUCCUCAGAGAACCGCGCCGACGCCCUCACGCGAGUCCCAGGGAUGACGCGUGCUGAAGCACGUGCUACUGUGCGGCAGUGUGAGGUGUGCCGCAAGAUCGACCCAGCGCCGGCGAAGUGGCAGCACGGGUCAUUGAGUGUGACUGAGACGUGGUGGCGUCUGGCGACAGAUGUUACCCACUACCUCGGUAGCGCCUACCUGUCCCUUGUCGACUGCGGGCCGUCUCGCUUUCGCGGCGCGCUGGGGCGUGUCGCUGCGCUUCAGAGGGCAUACGCACCGUCUGGUAACGGCAUCGUGGAAAGGAACCAUCGCACGGUGAAGGUGAUAGCAGCGAGGAAGGGCUGCUCCGUUGCUGAGGCAGUCCACCUGUACAACGUGACGCCCCGGGACGGGGAAACUGUGGCAUCAGCUCCCGUGAGUGGUAUUUACCGGUACCGAGUACGAGACUGCGUGCGGCACGAUCAGGUACAGCGUGCCGUUCACACCUCCCCUGAUGUUGCAAGGAAGAACUACACGGUUGACGAUGCAGUGUGGGUUCGGAGGCGGGGCGAGCGCUGCACCUCAGCAUCGCAGCCCGGCGUCGUCACCAGGGUGAACUCGCCGCAGGUGGUAGAGGUUGAUGGAGUCCCACGACACGUCAGGGACUUGAGACACCGCAGCAGCCUCUCAGUGAACGAAGCUGGCACUCCAGAUGAACCGGGAGUAGAAGAUGAACCCCCGCUUCAUGUUGACGCGCAAAGCCAGCUGCUGCAGCCGCAGGUGGCUGAACCCCCACCUGAGGCACCACGAGAAGCCGUGCUUCGAAGGAGUACCCGGGGAGGGGGGGAGGCCAACAGGCUGGCCGUGGCUGCCCGAGAGCGCACAAGGUCACACGUCCGACCCGACAAUGGAUGGGACCCGCAGAUGGCAGCAGUGUUGCCCCACACCACUACAAGACUGAUCUCCCGAGGCUUCCCACAGCACUGA